GCCCUCGCUGCUUCUUCCUCCUCCUGCUUCUUGGCUCGGUUCGGACGGUCCUUCUCUCUGACCCAUCGGUGCUCCUCUCUCACACCCCCGGACCGGUACACGAACAGAACCCGCCGGUUUACCAAGCUGAGAGCUCCAGGGAACAGCGACCGAGCCACGAAGUCUGGAGCCAGAGACGCCGUCCAACACCAGGCAGGACCGGGGUCUGGAAGCAGGAAGCUGGUCCGGUGGUUGAUGUGGGAGUGGUGAGUGCCUCUCUGGGAUCAGGAGCGGGUUCAGAGCUGACCCAGGAUCAGGCUGCAGCCUUCAUAUAAUCCACCAAAGAGCAUUAACGGGCUAAGUUUGGUUCUGGACGGGACAGGUGAUCCCCCUGUCCACCAUGAUGCAGAUAUCUGACUCCUACAACCAGAAGAACUCGCUCUUCAACGCCAUGAACCGCUUCAUCGGCGCCGUCAACAACAUGGACCAGACGGUGAUGGUGCCGAACCUGCUGCGCGACGUCCCGCUGGACCACAGCCAGGAGCCCAAGCUUCCGGAGACCACCACCAGCAACGGCCGAGCCUACUUCCAGCAGGAGGACGGGGACAUGUACAGCUCCUACGUUCUGCUCAAGUCCAUCCGGAACGACAUCGAGUGGGGCGUCCUGCAGGGGGACGAGCCGCUGAAGGACGAAGGCGCCGAGUGGCCCGAAAGCAUCGGCACCGGGGGGGCCGACGAGCGGCCCAGAGAGAAGGCGGACCUGAAGGAGGAGCUGCGGGCCGAGCUGGAGGAGGACGACCUGGAGAAACAGUUCCACUUCCACCUGAGCGGACUGCACACGGUCCUGUCCAAACUGACGCACAAAGCCAACACGCUCACAAACCGCUACAAGGAGGAGGUUGGCUGCAGGAACUGAGCCGGCUGUUUCCGUUUACAGAAACCCAACAGUACGCGUGUUUGUUCRCUUUUUUACACAAACUUUAGCUCAUUAACUUCAAACCAGAGAUCGGUUUAUAUCAUUUCAUCCUGAAAACAGAAAGUUUACUCAAAAACUGAAACUAUUUUAAGGAUUGAUWUUAGUUCUGAAGCAGGUUCUAAAAAAACUUAAUUUAAAAGGUGAACAUCUCAGAUACAUGUUGAGUUUAAUAUUGUCAGAAAACUGUAGAAUUUAUUUUUAUUCUAUUUAAUUUUAAUAUAAAUAUACAGUUUGAGUCUUUUUAAAGCUCGUGGCAUUUUACAGGCUGAUAUUUGCCUGCAGCUGAGGCUUGCUUUUCAUCCGUUCUUUUACAGGUAAAACACAAUUUAUGAAUAAAUCCUCCUGAAAAGAAGUUUAGUUUCUCCUCUUGUGCUGUUUUUAACAUCUGCAAGUUAAAACGUAGUAAAAACAUCGAACAAAAAAAGAAAGAAAAGGUAUAAUUGAUCAGCUUUGAGGAAAUYAUUCAUAUUUUUACAAGGAGGCAAAAACAUUUCAAUGAAAAGUCUGAACAUUUUUAUUUAUAUAAGAACAUUUUUUAGAAAUAAAACAACUAUAAAUCUGUCAUUAGGUAAAGAUCUGAGUUUUAGGCAAAACACUUCAAAUAUCUUCAUUAACGCUUAGAUUUUUCUCUGAAUAAUAGUCAUAUUACUGACUUUGAUCCUUUCAAAAUAAAAGACAUCAUAAUGACUCUGGAGCACUCAGGCUGCGUUCACACUGCGGCUAAAUGUGACCCACAUCUGGGUUUUUCAUGAUAAUCUGAACGUGACACAACCCAGGUCUUUACAGUACGUGGUGCUGGAUCAGAUACAGAUCUGAUGUUUCCAAAGCGACCUCAGUCUGAAUGCUCGUGUCUCAUUUCAUCCAGUGAGGCGGGGCUGGGUGCGUCGAGMCGCUGRCCUGGAGUCGUGCUGUUUAAAUCUGCACACAUCUUCAGCUAAAGAACASACCUGGACCUGUUGCUUCAGCUCUUAAUUAUUUUUUAUUUUCCAUGUCCUGGUUGACUGAGAAUCCACAGCAACAUGUGAUGCUAACRUUAAACGUUGAUAUUCAA